AUGGCGACUGUUACUAGCGUGGCCUGCCCCCCCACGCAAGGGCCUGUCGGGUCUGGAAUGCUCAACGAGAGUGCUAUUGACAAGGGAGAAUCUCACACUUCACCGACGGGCCCCGGACGCAAAAGAAAGUCCUCCUCCGGUGGCCCGCUACAGCAACCCUCCACGGCCAGUAAAAACGGCACCGUUCGCCAGAAGAUCACUCGAGCUUGUGACUCGUGUAAAGUCAAAAAGACCAGGUGCACAGGUACCCUGCCGUGUACUCGGUGCACGCGGCUGUCGCUCUCAUGCAAUUAUAAUGCAGCCUACUCGAGAGGACUCCCUCCCGACCCACUCCCUGCAUCGCCCGACCCAGGCGAGUCUGCUGCUACGCUUGCCGGGUCUGGUACUUCAGAGGUUGGUCGUACCUUCAGGGGCUCGCGUUCGCGUGCUACUACGACCAAUCUGACGGCUAGAGAUCCCGUCAGCAGCAACCAUGGCUACCUGAGCCAACCCCAGGGUGUGUCAUUGCGCAACUCUCCCGAGCCAGGGUCGACUGAUUUUGAGGGCAAUUAUAUCGGCCCUUCCUCGGGAGUCUCCUUUAUCAAUCGUGUUUGGAGCCGAUUGCACCAGGAUGAGCGGGCACAGAUCCCCGAUGCGCUGCAGAAUGAGUCUUCGACGAACACGGGCGUGUUCAUGUUUGGCGAUAAGCCGUACUCGCAUCCUCAGGAUGUAGAUUUUAUGCUGCCAUCAUUCGAGACUGCAAUGGAACUUGUCGCGGUCUACUUUGAUUUCUCAAUGGUCACCUAUCGCUUUCUACAUCGUGAAAGUGUGGAGAAAUGGGUGAAACAAGUAUACGAGAACCAUACCUCGAUAUCGAAUUUGCCCGUGGGCAUUAUGGUCGCCCGAACGGCUAUCGUUUUGAUGAUUUUUGCAGUGAGCACCCUUCAUCAUAAAGAGCCACCGCCAAUGAAUGGGAUCAGUCAGAGUGAGCGCUGGUAUGCAGCAUCAAAGUAUAUGUUAUCUCUCGAGUCGGGGCCUCCGCGCUUGGAAACGAUUCAAGUUCGACUCAUCCAAUGUCUGUACCUUUUAUCAUCAUCUCGCGCCAACGAGUGCUGGUAUUCCUUUGGAACGGCAUUGCAGGUUGUAACAGCCCUAGGAUUACACCGCAAAUCACCUGUGAAGCUAUCUAAGAACGGAUGCUCACACUUUGAGCUGGAAGUGCGGAAGCGCAUUUUUUGGAGCGUUUACACUUUGGAUAAGUACCUCAGUAUCAUGUUUGGGCGGCCUCGGCUACUUCAUGACGAGGAUAUUGAUCAGGAGUUUCCGGGCGAAAUGAAUGAUGAAGAUCUACUAGAGGAGGACCCGACACGGCGGACAGGAUCUACAGAUAGCAUGAUGAUCGCAUCUGUCCUGCAUUACCGCCUUGGUCGAAUCCUGGGCGAAAUAUCGCGACAGCUGUACAGUAUCAAUCCACUUUCACGGGACUCUCCACUCGAAACAGCCGCUCGCCUCACAUCAGAACUAGAGAAAUGGAAAGAAAGCGUUCCCCCUCUGUUCAACAGCGUCCGACCAUCCAGUCUAAUACCACCCCUUUGUCGACAAAGCCAAGUUCUUCAAUUUGCCUACGCCCAUGCAAUGAUCCACGUUACCCGUUCAUUCCUCCUCAAUGACUUCACUGACCUCAGCCGCCGACCAAGUGACCCCCAUCCGAUGGUCAGCGCUCACGUAAAAAAGUGCAUAUCAGCAGCUGAAGAUAUCAUGACCCUAGUCGACGACCUUGCGCAGCAAAACGUCUUUGUUCAGUCAUUCUGGUUCACCCACUACGUUACAUUCUGCGCUAUCUUGGUGGUCUAUAUACACAUCAUUCAGCAACAUCGCCAGGCUACCGCGCCGAGCCCAACAGCGGGGAGUCCUGCUGAUGCCGAGAAACUGCAUUCCUUAUUCCUACUAGCCGAAACCUGUCAGCAAUACCUUGCGGAAGCUACCCGCAAGAACUGUCCUAGUAGGCGGUACAGUAUCAUUCUCGGAGAGCUAAGGAAAGAAGUUCAUCGUCAUAUCGGCUCGGAUGAGCAGGAUAGAAUUGCUCUGGCGCCGGCUGUAUUCGAUGAUGGGCAUAUCAUUGAACAAAGAGCAAUAGCUCCGAAUGGCGUCGAUCGCACCGUCUCCUUUGAACCCCCGAGCCUAGAUUUCCAGCCAAUCUCGGGCGAUCUGCCCCCAACCGAGUUGAGCGCACCUCUCAAUGCUGUGGAAGAUGCCGGACUUCUUGAGAAUCUCGAGGGUUCGAUUUGGUGGGCGCAGCUUGAUUCCUGGUUUCUAGAGGCGCUCUGCGGUGUGUAUCGGUCUAAGCCAUUUUGA